AUGCAGAACAUCUUGGUGGAGAAAUAUGGAUUCAAGAAGGAAGACAUUUUGAUGAUCAAUGAGGAUCAGGACAGCCAAGCACUGGCGGAUGCUGGCAGCCGCGGUGGGAUCAUCAAGAAACUGUGUCUCACGGAGUGGCUCUAUCAAGGUGCCAAGCCUGGUGAUUUGCUUUUCUUCCACUACAGUGGCCAUGGCUCCCAGUACCAGGGGGACAAGAAGACGAUGCCCUCCGACGUGAUUUGUCCCUUGGACUGCAUCGGUGGCGAGUGGCCACAGACGGUCAUCACCGACGCAGAGAUCCAUCAGAAACUCUAUGAUCCCUUGCCGAAGGGCUGUAAGGCGGUCUGUCUCUUUGACUGUUGCCACUCGGCCACUGUGGCCAACCUGGCUGAAACCAUGGUGGUGCAGAGCGGGCCACUCACCGCCGAGAAGAAGGUUUCGGGUCCGGUGGGUUCAGGUUCAUGGCAAGUGAUCGACGAAAACCAUGGCAAUUACAUUCCAGGGGAGCUUCCUCCCCGAAGUGAAGCAGUGAAGCGAUGGGCGGAGACGCGAGAAAAAGUGCGGAAAUCCCAGACGGGUCAGGAGUUGCUGAUGAAGAAGUUGCAAGUCCAGAAGGAGCAAGCUGAGACGCAAGUCCGCUUCUAUCAAGAGGUGAACUCGGGAAAGUUGGAUUUGAAGAAGAAAAGCACCACAGAUCUCGUUGCGCUCUUUGAGAAGCAUGGCUUUCCCAAGAAGACAGGUCCCAGCGAUGACGGCUCCGGGUACUGGUACCUCCUGAGCAAGGAGAUCAAGGCCUUUUGUACGGGCUCCGUGCAGAAAGCCGAGAAGCUCUUGGCAGAACGGGUGGAGGCCAUGAAAAAGCUCGAGGCGACAAAGGUGGGCGAAGGCGCCCAGAUCUACAUUGGCAAUCUGGAGCAGGACCUCGAGGUUCGCAUCCGGUAUUUUCCACAGCCAGCGAUGGAGCAGACAGAGGAAAAGAGGGUGAAGCCUGUGAACCAUGGCCUCAAAGGUGCCCUAAGGAACGAGAAGUACCAGGAGUCCGCGCGGGCGGAGGAAGCGCAAACCAAUGUGACAUUCAUUGAAAAAAACGGGCGAAAUCAGCGGUGGUACCGGGGGACUUGGGUAGUGGGCAUGGGUAGUGCGGAGCAUGAGUCCCUGGUCCUCAUUUUUGCAGGGUCCCGAGACCAUGAGCUUUGGGUGUUCUCGGGCUGCCAAGAUGAUCAGACCAGCGCUGAUGCCCACGUGGAGGGGAUCUACCAGGGUGCUUUCACUUGGGCUUUGAUCAAAGCCUUGAAGGUGCGAGGAUGGGAAGAUGGUGGGGGAAGGCACAGCGACUUGAAGAAAGGCAACUUGGAGAUCGGCCGCUAUGACCAGGUGCCUGCGUUGUCAACGACCCGCGAAGAGUACCUGGACUUUGGCUUCUGUGGAAAGCUGAAGGAAGACGGCUGUGUCAUUGAAGGUUGA